AUGGAGAGCCAAUUGGCUCAAAUUGCACAACAAGUUGGAAGUUCAUCCUCCAAUCCUAGUGGUCACUUUCCAAGCUCAACGGUAGUGAACCCAAAGGAGCAAGCUAAGGCUAUUACUUUGAGAUCGGGAAGAGGUUAUGAGGGCCCGGUUAUGAGUGAAGAGGAGCCACAAAAGAGAGAUGAGGGAGUUGUGGUGAGAAGUGAGGAUGAUUUUGAAAAUGAAGUAGUUGAAGUUGAGAGAAAAGAUCAAAAGAGUGAUGAGGGAGCCACAAAGAAAGAUGAGGGAGAUGAAGAAAGAAUAGAAAAGCCCCCUAUGAGAGAUCUUCUAUCCAACAAGAGUAGGAUUGAAGAGAGUGCAACCAUCUCCCUUCCUAAGGAGGUGAGUGCAAUCAUUCAAAACAAGCUUCCCCAAAAGCUUGGUGACCCCGGUAGCUAUGCAAUACCGGUGAAGAUUGGAGAUUUUGAAGCUAUGGAUGCUUUAUGUGAUCUUGGGGCAAGUGUGAGCUUUAUGCCCUAUUCUAUUGCAAAGAGCUUGAAAGUUGGAGACUUGAAACCAACAAGAAUGUCCUUACGACUAGCCGACCGCACGGUUAGGCUACCUUUGGGGAUUCUUGAAGAUGUGCCGGCUGCAAGUUGGAAGAGUAUUUGUGCCAUGUGA